CCGGGUAAAUAUCCGCGGCUGUCAGUCAGAUCCCCCAGAUUCCCCGCGGCGUCUCCGUCCUCCCUGGUCUAUCUGCAAACUGCUCCUCAGGAAACACCAUGGCUCCCCGCGGCGCGAACAGGGUGUUUGUCAUCGGCGUGGGCAUGACGAAGUUUGAAAAGCCUGGAGCUGGCAGCAAUUCUGACUACCCUGAGAUGGCCAAGGAAGCAGGUGAAAAGGCUCUGCGAGACGCAGGAAUCCCAUACACGAGCAUUGAACAUGCUUGUGUUGGAUAUGUUUAUGGGGACUCCACAUGCGGACAGCGGGCCAUUUAUCACGGCCUGGGUCUGACCGGCAUUCCCAUCAUAAACGUCAACAACAACUGCUCCACGGGCUCCACGGCGCUCUACAUGGCGCGCCAGCUGGUCAAAGGAGGCCUGGCUGACUGUGUCCUUGCUCUCGGCUUUGAGAAGAUGGAAAGAGGCUCCUUGACUUCCAAGUAUGCGGACCGGACCAGCCCCAUGGACAAGCACCUGGAGGUGAUGCUCAACCGCUACGAGAUGCAGCCGGUUCCGGUGACGCCGCAGAUGUUCGGCAACGCCGGCAGGGAGCACAUGGAGAAAUACGGAACCAAACCAGAGCACUUUGCUAAAAUCGCCUGGAAAAACCACAAACAUUCCACCAAUAAUCCGUACUCCCAGUUCCAGGAUGAGUACAGUUUGGAGCAGGUGAUGAAAUCCAGGAAGGUGUUUGAGUAUCUCACGCUCCUGCAGUGCUGCCCCACAUCAGACGGCGCCGGAGCGGCCAUUUUGGCCAGCGAGGCCUUUGUGAAGAAACACGGUCUCGAGAGCCAGGCGGUGGAGAUCGUGGCCCAGGAGAUGGUCACUGACCUCUCCUCCACAUUUGACGAAAACAGCUGCAUUAAAGUGGUGGGAUACGACAUGUCUCGCACCGCCGCUAAGAGAUGCUUUGAGGCUGCGGGUCUGACUCCGAACGACGUGGACGUGGUCGAGCUGCACGACUGCUUCUCGGCCAACGAGCUCAUCACGUACGAAGCCCUGGGCCUGUGUCCAGAGGGUAAGGCCGGAGAGUUCAUUGACCGAGGGGACAACACGUACGGUGGGAAAUAUGUGGUGAACCCGAGCGGUGGUCUGAUCUCAAAGGGACAUCCUCUGGGAGCCACAGGUCUGGCCCAGUGUGCCGAGCUGUGCUGGCAGCUCCGCGGCGAGGCCGGGAAGAGGCAGGUCCCGGGGGCCCGGCUGGCCCUGCAGCACAACAUCGGCCUCGGCGGCGCCGUGGUCGUCACGCUGUACAGGAAGGGCUUCCCGCUGGAGACCAGGUCUCGUCCAGCUGCAGCACUGACCUCAGCCGGCGCUGUGGAAGGGUUUAAAGCUUUUCCUGUGUUCAAGGAGAUUGAGAAACUUCUGGAGAAGGACGGCGAGAGCCUGGUCAGGAAGGUGGGAGGAGUGUUUGCCUUCAAGGUGAAGGACGGGCCGGGAGGGAUGGAGGCCACUUGGACUGUCGACGUGAAGAAUGGCAGCGGUUCUGUGAGCAACGACCCGGGGAAGAAGGCAGACUGCACCAUAUCGAUGAGUGAUGAAGAUCUCCCGGAUUUGAUGAGCGGGAAGCUGAAUCCGCAAACGGCGUUCUUCAAAGGGAAGCUGAAGAUCGCCGGGAACAUGGGCAUGGCCAUGAAGCUGCAGAACCUGCAGGUGGCGCCAGGCAAGGCCAAGCUGUGAGGCCUCGGCACCAGACUCGCCUUAAUUCAGCUUAAAGGGUAAAGUUUUAGUGAAACCUGAUUCCUCCUGUGGAAAAAUGAUCCAGUUGUCUCAACUCUCUGCGACAGUCCAGAUGUUCCAGCCUCGGUUCUGUGUGGAAGCUGUUUCUUUGUGUCCAGAUGAACGGCGCAGACUUGAAAUGUGCACGCUGCUCGAUUUCGCUUUAACCUCGUAGUCCUGAAACUAAAUGUGCCUCUGACCGCCCUCUGACCUGAGCCUAGAAGCCGUUGAUUUCCGAGGUCGUUUUGAUAUGAAAUUUUCCAUCAGCUGACUCUGUAAAUGAUAACUGUCUAAUUUUUGAAGAUAAAAUAUAAACAAAUGA